AGGAAUGUGCAUGCAGAUGAGGUGGAUGCUAAUCUCAUGCUAAUGAGCGGCGCCCGCCCGGGGCUCAGCCGGGCUCCCCGCGCCCGGGCGGGCUGAGAACCGGCCCCGAGCAGGGCUUCCCCGCUCCCGGACCCUUCCUCAGGCUCGGCUGGGCCUUCUCCCUCUUCCUUUCUGUCCCUAUGGAGCAGCCGCCGCCCGGCCAUGCCUAGGAAAGCGGGCAGUGGGCAGCUCCCCUUACCCGAUGGCUGGGAGGAGGCGAGGGAUUACGACGGCAAAGUCUUCUAUGUCGACCACAACGCCAAGCAGACCAGCUGGAUCGACCCCCGGGACAGGUUAACGAAGCCAUUGUCAUUCGCGGAUUGUGUUGGGGAUGAACUCCCAUGGGGUUGGGAAGCUGCAUAUGAUCCUCAGAUUGGUGUGUACUAUAUUGAUCACAUCAACCAAACAACACAAAUAGAAGAUCCCAGGAAACAAUGGAGGCAAGAACAAGAGAGAAUGUUAAAAGAUUAUCUUAUGGUAGCCCAGGAUGCUCUCAGUACUCAGAAAGAACUGUACCAGGUGAAAGAACAGAGACUAGCACUUGCACUGGAUGAGUAUAUACGAUUGAAUGAUGCCUACAAAGAAAAAUCAAGCUCUCGUACAAGCUUAUUCUCAGGCUCCUCAUCAAGCACUAAGUAUGACCCUGACAUUCUGAAGGCUGAAAUCUCCACUACAAGAUUAAGGGUUAAGAAGCUGAAGAGGGAACUCUCUCAGAUGAAGCAAGAACUACUGUACAAGGAACAGGGCUUUGAAACACUGCAACAAAUUGACCGAAAAAUGUCUGGAGGCCAUAGCGGGUAUGAACUGUGUGAAGCCAAAGCCAUCCUGAGUGAACUAAAGUCCAUCAGAAAGGCAAUAAGUUCAGGGGAGAGAGAAAAACAAGAUUUAAUGAAGAGUCUUGCAAAGCUGAGAGAGAAAUUCAAUCUUGACCAGACCAUUGGGACAUCUGAAGCAGACUUGAUUUCCAGCUCUGUAAACUCCCGGCUGUGUUUUUCUAGACAAACUCUGGAUACAGGGUCUCAGACUGACAUUUCUGGUGAGGUUGGAGCAAGAAGUAGAUCAAAUUUAGCAGAGAGGGUCAGACUAAGUCUUCAAUAUGAAGAAGCUAAAAGAAGCAUGGCUAACCUGAAGAUUGAACUCUCCAAGCUAGAUAGUGAAGCCUGGCCUGGGGCACUGGAUGUGGAAAAAGAAAAACUGAUUUUAAUUAAUGAAAAAGAAGAGCUUUUAAAGGAACUCCAGUUUAUUACACCACGCAAACGUACUCAAGAUGAGCUAGAGCAGCUAGAAGCAGAAAGGAAGAGACUUGAAGAAGAGCUGCUGUCUGUAAAAAGCACACCCAGUGAAGCCCUUGCUGAAAGAUUGAAAUUGGAGGAGAGAAGAAAAGAGUUGGUACAGAAACUUGAAGAAACUACGAAGUUAACUACUUAUUUGCAUUCACAACUUAGGAGUCUCUCAGCUAGUACGUUAUCUGUGUCUUCAGGGAGCAGUUUGGGAUCUCUGGCAUCCAGCCGGGGAUCUCUGAACACAUCAAGCAGAGGGUCACUAAACUCGCUCAGCUCCACGGAUCUCUACUAUAACCAAGGCGAUCAAAUAACAGAUUUGGACUAUCAGUAUAAACUUGACUUCAUAUUACAAGAAAAAAGUGGUUACAUUCCUUCGGGGCCUAUCACUACUAUUCAUGAAAAUGAAGUGGUCGGUUCCCAUGGGAGACUGGGUUACAGUGACUCUCCUUCAGCUGCAGACCAUCCCAAACUGACUGAACCUCCCAAAUCAGUGGCAUCACUGUCUUCCAGAUCCUCACUGUCCUCCUUGUCCCCGCCAGGUUCCCCUUUGGUUCUAGAAGCUCAAAACUCCCCUCUGCAUCACCUCACUACAGACUUUGAAGACUGUGACCUUUCCGGUGAUUUUGCAGGCAUUAGUCUCUGUGAGAACCAAAUAUUACUGGACUCUGAAGCCAGAGCAGGAUCUCAGAAUUCUACAGAUGAUAAAGAAAUUAAUGAAGGCAUUAGGCAGCCUCUGCCUUCUCUACGUGCAGGAAGAUCAGGUGUUGACUUACCAAGAAGAACAGCUAAUCACUUGCUUGAGGAGAAAACAGCUUGUGUAUCUGCUGCUGUGUCUGAUGAGUCUGUAGCUGGAGACAGUGGCGUAUAUGAAGCUUCCGUGAAACAACCAAAUGAAACUGAGGACAUUGUAUAUAGCGAAGAUGAUGCAACAACUCUAGAGGCUGCCCAGCUGCAAAUAGGACUCAGAUACGACCACAGCAAUUCAAGUUUUGUGAUAAUCAUAGUGCAUCUCAGAAAUCUUCCAACAUUUUCUGUCCCACUUGGCUCUAAAGUGUAUGUUAGAGUAGCGAUGCUUCCAUCAUCAACUGACAUCAGCUGUCUGUUCCGCACAAAAGUUCAUCCUGCCAUGGAAACCAUUUUAUUCAAUGAGAUAUUCAGAGUAGCCAUCUCCCAAGUAACGCUGCUACAGAAGACACUGAGAGUAGAUGUUUGUGCUGUCAGUAGAAGUCGUCGGGAGGAAUGCUUGGCUGGAACUCAAAUCAGCCUGGCAGAUUUAUCAUUUUCUGAUCAGACUUGUACUCUGUGGUACAACCUAUUGCCUUGCAAGCAAAUUCUGAGCAAAAAAAACAAGGAACAAAAUGAAGAAUCCAUGUUUCUUUUAAGCAAGCAGUCAUCGGACUCAUUGGACUUGGAUGCUGUGUCAGCUCUGCUGGAGAGGACGUCUGCUGAGCUGGAAGCAGUAGAACAAGAGCUGGCUGAAGAUGAGGAGGAGGAAGAGGAACAGGAGCAAAGGGGCUCUGAGGAAGACUGGUUAGAAAUGCUCACAGAAGCCUCCGAUGAAAUUGGGGAUGAAGGGGAAGAAGGCAUGAAGCUGGCAGUAGAAGACAGCUGUACUGAUGACAUGGGGUUACUCAUUGACGCACCAGAAACAAAUGAAGACAAGAACAGAGAGAACAGUGAUGAGGCCCAUGAAAGCCAGCGAGCUGCUGUAACACUAACACUGGUUGAUAAGGAGACUAACACUGAGGAAUCGGUUAAUGAGAACGCAACAGUCCGACCCAAGGACAGAGCCAGCUGGAGCUCAAGACAGGGUCCUUUUGUCAGGAACAGCAUGAUAGUGCGCUCACAAACCUUCUCUCCAGGCGAGCGGAACCAAUACAUCUGUAGGUUGAAUCGAAGUGACAGUGACAGCUCAACACUAGCCAAAAAGUCUCUCUUUGUGAGAAAUGCCACAGAACGACGGAGCCUUAGAGUUAAACGGCCUGUUUGCCAACCAAUCAUGAGAAGAGCUACGCAAGAGUGCCCCAUACGCACUUCCCUUGACUUGGAGCUGGACCUCCAGGCAUCACGCACAAGACAGACUCGUCUGAAUGAUGAGCUUCAGGCCUUGCGGGAUCUCAAACAAAAGCUUGAGGAAAUGAAAGGCAGAGGAGAGACAGACCUUCCCUUGUGUGUGCUAGAGGACGAACGAUUCCAGAAACUCUUGAAACAAGCUGAAAAACAGUCAAAAGAAGAACAGAAACGAGGUUUAAGCGCUGAGAAGCUGAUGAGGAAGGCUUCUAAGGAUGUAUGUCGGUUACGGGAGCAGAGCCAGAAAGUGCCACUGCAGGUGCAGUCAUUCAGGGAGAAGAUAGCAUACUUCACAAGAGCAAAGAUCAGUAUACCAGCCCUUCCAGCUGAUGAUGUAUAGUUGUGCAUUUUCAUUGAAGUGUUUUUCCACUUGCUCAUCUCUUUGCAGAUGAACUUUGUAGUUCCAGUGACCUGCUUGUAAAGAUCUUCUAUCUUACAUUCACUAUCCAUAUGUUUAUUUGUAAAAUAUAGUGAAUUGAAUUGUAUGCUUAAAAAACGGCAGAACCCACCAACAACCGGAAAACCAAAGUAGAUUAAUUUUGGUAUGCUGAUGCUGAUUUUGUACAGUUUGUAUGUAUUGCAUGUUUUUGUUUUGUAAAGAUGGAACAAAGGAACCAAGGCAGUACUAAGCAUGUAUCCUGUUGAACCGCACUGUAUGGAGAAAUAUUACGUUCAACAGAAUAUUGUUUCUCUUUUCACUAUUUUCGUGUGAGCAGACUGUGAAGAUGGCUGUGUUGCCAUGCAAUAUUUUUGUACGAGUGUUGACUUCUAUAGUAAGCUUCUUUCCAAAAGAUCAAGGCUGCCUCACAACAGCUGCUUAUUAGAUUCAUCACCUUGUUUUUGAAAACAAGUGUCUUCUGCUUUGAUUUUAAUACUUUGUAGGAAGAGACAGAGUUCAGAGUUUAGUUUUGUGAAUGUACAGUACUUUAACCUGCACUAAAAGGUUUCUUGCAUCUGCGGGAGUGAGAAAGGCAAGGCAGACAGGUAACCCUAAAAACUUGUAAUUAUGAGACUACCAAAAGGGGCAGCUGCUUUCUGAACUGGAAACCAAAUCAAAUUCAUAAUACUGACGUUUAAAUCGGAGUAGUUAUAUCCACUGUACAUGUAAAAAUGAGAGUGUCUUUUUGUUAACCUUUUGUCCGAGUGGCUGUCCUAGGAAGACAUAAAAGCGUGUGUUAGGCUUACAAAUACGAAGAUGUUUUCAUUAAAGUAUUUGUACCAGGAGAAAAACGUCACGUGCUAACUCUGAUAUCAGAAGUCUUCUUGGUAAGGUAAACCCUUCUGAAAAAAGAGAAGUUCCUGACUAGAAGUCUUCGCACAUUGCAGUACAAUAAGCAACACUUCUAAAAACACACAAUCGACCCCAUACACAGUUGAGAGUGUACAGUUUUAAUAGAUGGACGUGAACAAUGUGCUUCAGAUUUGUCAUGCAUGACGCAGUCUGCUAGGAAGAAGCAUCAACUUGGAUUCAUUCCGUAAGAAGUCCAGAACAUUAAAUGUAGGUGUCUUGGUAAAGCAGUUAGGGUCUUGUUUUCUGUGAGUUCUGUGUAAGUAGGUGGACGGUGCAACCAACAGAAUUAUCUCAUUUUCUACUUAAUAUGUUGCACUCGGAUGUAUUUAAAUUCACUGGCUAAAGUUCUCUUCCUCAAAUAACAAGCCACAUAUGUGUGGACUUCAUCUUUUAAAAAAGGCUAUAAAUUACUUGGUGAGAAAAUGGUAGUAAACAUAACCACGACACAGUAGCAGCUGCCUCAAAUUCAAAGUGACAAUUCUGCGAUGAGAGGUCUGUGUAACACCCAAGGGUUUUCUUAUGCACAAAUACAUCAGUUCACUUAAAUGUAUAGCCAGACGUGCUAUUUUGGGCGAGAUGACUGAUUGAACAUCCUUUCUGAAUGCCCCAUUUGGUCUUUGUUUCUUGGGUUUGAGAUAACAUUCAUGUUUGAAAGGUCAAUUUUUCAAAAAACCAAAUCUGGAAUUAUUUAAUGUAGAGGUGAAAUGAAGGUUGACAGCUUCAACUUCUCCAUUUUAUUAUAUAAGUUGUUUGUAGAGUGAUGUUUAGAGGUGUACUUUAUGAUUUUUCUUUUAUUUAUUUACAGUCUUAUUUAUGUUCUGUUUAAUAUAGUUCAGUUCUGGCCAUAACAAUGUUUGGCAUUAAGGAUGCUAUUGUGAAAAAUAUUUAGAGCUCUCUAAAUUCUUGUCAGAUUAGCUGUUCAAGGAAAGUAUUAUUGUCCAAUUUGUAAGCAUGAGGUGAGGUCAAAAUUACGGGAUUGCUGUCUUUAGCUUGCAAAACUCAUUUAAAAAUGAGAGACUUAAACAUAUUCAUGCUCCCCAUUUUCCAAAUUGGUAAAGUUGAACAUAUUGUUAGGCAGCUUUUAACAAUUCUGAGUUUGGAGUUUUGGGGUUGUUUUGUUUUGUUUUUUCAACUAAUUCACAUUACUCACACUUUAAACACUCAAUAGAAUAAGCUAAAAUAAUACAUAUAAAUAAACCCCCAUCAGUAUAAAAUUAUAAAUAUCACUCUCAAAAUGGAAUUUACGCUGCUCAGCAGGGUAUAACAAAUGUUAAUUAGUUCUGUUUCCAGGUACCAAUGUCACAGAAGUUGCAUAUAUCAAAAUCUAAAUAUUGCUGGUACAAGACUUUAGCCAAAUGAGCAAAGUUUAGCAGAAAUUGUAAUAGGACACAAAUCAAAUAAUUUUAAGAUUAUUUUUUUUUUUUACUAUUGCUAUGUUUAUACUGUAUUAAAUAUCAAAUGCUCAGGACUGAACUAAAUAUUUAAUCAGGUUAUAUUCUGAAUGUGUUUCUGUUCUAAUUUUGUCUGUAAGAGUAUGCAAAUACAUCACAUAGAUUAACUUGUCUCUGCACUUUCCAUGUGUUUCAGUGAUUGGAAAAU